GGGGGUAGCAACGUCACCGCCUUUCGAGCCGGAUCUUGCGUCGCGGGUGAGCGUGACGCGCCCGCCGGCCUCUAUGACGGAGUCGCUGUGUGAGCCCACCGCGCGCCCCUCGCCAUCACUAGUGAGUCAAGAUGAGCUGCGCAAAAAGCUCUACCGGAGGUUUAAGGAACGAGGCGUGCUGGAUACACUCAAGACCCAACUUCGAAAGCAGAUGAUCCAAGAGUUGAUGCAACCUGUACUAUGUGGCGAAGUCCGUCCUCAGUCCAUCCAUGUGGAGGGGAGCACUCUUUCCGUGGAGGCCUCUAACAUCCUGGUGGCAGAUCAUUUACAACGAUGUGGUUAUGAGUACUCCCUUUCAGUUUUCUACCCAGAGAGUGGUUUAUCGAGGGAAAAAAUGUUCACUAUGGAAGAUCUGCUGCACCUCAUUCAGAUCAGUCCUCAGUCCAGUAUUUACAAAACACUGAUUUCAAGAUUUGAUAAAGAAAACCAAAAAGGUUUUCUGAUGGAAUUUUUAAAAGAAUUGGCAGAAUAUCACCAGCCCAAAGUCAUCUGCGAUGUGGGAACUCAAACAAGUCCACUCCCUAAGAGAGAUUCUCUCGCUGAAAAACUUCAACUCAUUGAUGAUCAGUUUGCAGAAGCUUACAUUCCGAGGCCUAAAUUAAAACCUCUAGAGAUGAAACUAAAUGAAUACAAACGAGAAAUAGAAGAACAGCUCCGUGCAGAAAUGUGUGAAAAGUUGAAAUAUCUAAAAGAAACUGAAAUAGCAAAAAUAAAAAUGGAAGAGAGACGAAAGUCCGAGAAGGAAUUAGCCGAGUUCCGAAAAGAGUUUGAAAUCGCUUGCCAAGUAAAAUCCGAGGCACUGCUGUCUCAGGAAAGACAGAGCAUUGAGAGAAUCCAAAAGCACAAGGAGAUCGAAACAAAAGAAAUUUUUGCUGAACGCCAGAUUUUGUUGAAAGAUAUGGAUUUGCUGAGAGAACGAGAAGAACAACUGAAACAGAAAAUAGAUGCCUUUGAUCUGGCUCAGAAAGUAAAAGAAGAAGAAAACAAAGCCAUCAAAGAGUCAUUGAAGAAACGGGAGGAGGAUAUUAAGAACAUCGAAGAGACCUAUGAAGAAAAACUUAAGAACGAAAUUCUAAAAUGCCAGAUCGAACUAAAGGAUGAUUACAUCGCUAGAUCCAACAAACUGGUGGAAGAUGAAAAGAAGAACAAGGAAAGAACUGUGCAUUUGGAGGAGGAACUCUCAGCUUUAAAAUCAAAACUGGAAGCGUUCAGUCACUCUGAAAACCAUGCUAAAGAACUUGAGCUUGAAUUAGAGUCUGCCAAAGUCCAGGUUUUAGCACUAACUGAGCAAAACCAGAAGCUAAAUGAGAAGGUCAAGGAGAAGAACUCCAUACUAAAGGAAGAAAACCUGGCCCUUCAGGCGCAAAACAGACUGCUCCAGCAGCGCCUGGAAGAGAGCAGAAAUGAAAACUUUCGUCUCCGGAAUAGACAACCAAGGUCAUCAUCUGCUGAGAUUGUAGUUGUUGAGCAGGACCACCACCCAAACCCAGAAGGGUUUAACUCCAGUUUGCCUUCACGUGGGAGUUUUGAAACCCACAGGCAAGCUCUCCACAAGCAACUACGAACUGAAAUUGAGCAUUCUGCACAGCUGAAGGCCCAACUAUUGGAUUAUGAUUCUUCUGUGAAAAGGUUAACAGCACAAGUUUCUACUCUAAAAUUGCAACUGAGACAAACUCAAACAGCUUUGGAGAAUGAAAUGUACCACAAUCCAAAGCCUUCAGGUCCAGAGUGCUCUAGUUCUCCCGGCGAGUUCUUGACAGGGAACGUUCCGCCCCUCGGCUCCGAUGCAAGCGGCGACCUCCCCGGACUACUGCAAGACCAGGAAAGGCUGGAGGAAGGUGCAGUGAGGACUGAAAGGGGUGACCAGGAGACCGCUUCCCCUGAUUCCGACUUAGAGUUUGUAGCCAUCACCAAGGCUCGGGUGAAGGAGUUAGAGGAAGAGGCUGAACAACUGGAGAAGACCUUUCAAGACUACAACCUGCGGGCCAGCCAGCAGCAGCCUCACAGCCUGAUAGACGAGGCACAGCUGCUUCCCCUGCAGUUCAUGAGAAGCUCGCGGAGUUUCACACCCAGAUCCCGGAGGAGAUGUUUCCUCGCCGACAGCAGAGUGGGGUCUGAGGCUCCGCUGGGGGGCCUGCCUGAUGGCGAGAAGAGCGAGUCAGCAGAAGGAGCAUCCAGCAGUAGGUCCCCUCGGCGGAGGGGUAUCGCCUCCCGCCGCCUGUCAUCCAUGGCCAAACGGAGCUUAGAAGAUGAACUGGGCCUCGAAGGUGAUGGACAGUCUUGUGUGAAUAGCACAGAUCGUUGUCUAAACAAUAUGCUUCAGCCUUUAGCAGCUGAGGCAAAAUGCCGUUCUCCCACCCAUUCCCACUACAGCACUCUGGACCCAAAUGCCAGUCUUUUUCAAAGGCCGGAUGAAGUUGAAGACAGUGAAUUUCCAAAUCUGGACGAUGUAGAUUUUAUGGAUAAGGAGGAAUUUGAAGCUUAUGAAUAUGGAGGAAGUUUCCCAAGGCCUUUUGACCUGGAUGCAUUUUAUCCUGCUGGUGACAUGCCACACAUAGAUACUACCUCUGUUGCCAUCCACCCUGCUGGGGACAUGCUUUAUAUGGACUCUGCCGCGGCCGCCAUGCCCUUCUCUUAUCCAGCUGAUGCUGGAAACUCCUUAAUCUCUGUACAACAAGACCCAGAGCAAAGACGAAUUCAAGACAGGCAGGCAGAGGAGCAGUUGUGGGAACAGCAAAUGAAGGAGCGCAGACUGAGGGAGGAAAAACGGCAUAGCGAACGACAAGAAGCUUUGGAAAAGGAACGGAAAGAACUGGAACGGCUGGAACAGGAACGGAAAUUGAUCGAGCAAACGCUGAAUCUGAACAUAGAGAAAGAAAAUGAACCCAACGUGGAAGAAACGAAAGAAGAAUCUGCUUGUGAUGAUAACCCUCUAGAGAAAUACAUGAAGAUCAUCCAGCAAGACCAACAAAAGGAGGCUGAAGAUAAGAAUGAAAAAAAGAAGACCAAAGAAGGUUCCGGAGUUGAUACACCACCAUCUAGUGAUAAAGAAGGAAGUUUCACAGGUUUUUCUCAAGAAGAUGUGGACGACUUUUGGUAACCAUUUUCAGCCUCAGUGCCUGUAGUAUUAACAUCGUAACUAAUCUGUAAUAAGGUAGAACUAGCAAUAAAAGCAAUG